CAGCGAAUGGCAGGUGGCCACGGAUGUUUCUUUCGCCAUCCCGACUUUGGGAGACAUGCGAACGCUGGCAAGAACCGUCAGAGAAGAGAUCUCUGAGGUUUAUCCCCUGGGAUUCUUCGGCAUCCCCGGCACAGCCAAUCCAACAGAAGGACAGACUGAACCUGAACAGACACCAGACUCCACCGAGGCUUUUGAGCCAAUACUCAUCAAAAUGGAUGAAAAGGCGAAGCUCCGCGAGGGUCUGGUAUGGAGAGCUUGGAACACAGUCACUGCAUUGCCAUACAGCACCCUUGCAAGCAAGAGGUGCCCGACAAAGGUAAUGGCUGAAUCCCUGGCCUCCAUCAUCAGAUCGCGCAUCCUUGCCACGGACAGAUCCCUGCAGGAAAAAGCGGAAUCGAUAUACGUAGAGCCCGAAGACGAAGAUGAGGGACUCAUGGACAGCAAUGACGACGACGUGGCCAUCCUGUAUGGCAAACCCCUCUUAAAUGGCGACGAUCACGGAUCCACCCCAGUGCCGGAAGGCAGCACGGGGGGAUACAGCACGAUGUCCGGAUUUGUGAAGAGCAUUAGCGACGACAGGGAAGGAUCUGGGGUAGAGAGCAAGGAGACAGAGGCGGCAGUGAAGGGAGGUGAGGUGGCUGUGGCAUACCUUAGGGAGACGUUGACAAAACUUAGCAGCUCCAUUGAUGAGCAUCAACCAGUGGGCGGGUGCAUGUACUUCACGGGCAAGGACGGCACUCUGGUUGCAGCAAAAGGUGGGCAUACUUACCGAACAAAUAAUGUAACCGGUGAGGUCACUCAGCUACAGGCCGUAGACUCAGAUGACAUUCAGAUCAGAGAAAGUGCAAGGUAUAUUGAGCGGUCGUAUGGGCGGGAGUGGCUGCUCGUGAAUAGGAGCUCAUCUACAGAUGUCAACAUUGAUGGGAAGAAAUACUACAUUGACACACUGCCAUUCACUUAUGAUAACCUGGAGCUCACAGCAGUGAUGAUCCUUCCACGUGUCACCAUCUUAGGCGAAGUGGACCGCAAUCGGAAGGUGACUGCCAUCACUCUCAUUGUCAUGGCUAUUGGAGGUCUGGGAUUCAGCUGCUUGCUUAUUUCCAUAUUCGUUGGGAUAAAGGUAUCUCAGCUGCAGCUGCGAGUAAGGCUCAUUGAGGAGUUAGAGGCCAAAGCAAAAGUGGAAGCGGAAAAUGAAACAAAGACAACAUUCCUUUCAAACAUGAGUCAUGAGCUGCGCACCCCAGUUGCCUGUAUCAUUGGCAUGUUGGAGCUGCUUCAAGCCGAUGGCUUGACAGAGGAUCAGAGAAGCGGAGUUGAGCAGAUAAACUCCUGUGCAGUGCGCCUUCUACAAAUCCUCAACUCCAUUCUUGACAUAGCCAAGGAAGAAUCAGGGAAACUUGUGCUAGAGAAUGAAAAGUUCAAUAUCUGGAAGGAGUUGGAAUCACUUGUUGAUAUGUUUGCUGUGAAGUGUGAGCGCAAAGGUCUCGAGAUAUCGCUUGAGCUGGCAGAUGAUCUUCCAGAAAUAGUGAGAGGUGACCAAGCACGUGUUCUCCAGAUCUUCUCAAAUCUGAUUGGAAAUGCCAUCAAGUUUACCGCCACAGGAUUUGUUGCAAUCCGUGGCUGGGUGCAAGAAAUCAAGCCUUGGCAUAAUUCUCACUGGACGGCAGGAUCGGAAUGUGCAGCGGGCACAGCGUCUGCAGACCACACAUUCCCAGAUAGGCAACGGGGCUGUCACCAGUGGCCUUGCUGGCAAAGGCAAUGUCCACAGAGGUUGAACAAGCAGACAUUAUCAAGGAAUCGGUUCACUUUCUCACUAUUGAGAGAUCACUUCGGAUGUUUUAUCUCAAGGGUAAAACACAGUGAUGAAUCAGAUGCGGGUGAGGGAACCACUCAGGACAUUUCAACCACAGAAAUGAACAGAGGACACUCUGUGCUUGAUCUCUUGGGAUCCCAUGCUGCGAAAGAUCGUCAGCACAAAUGUUUGCUUAAGGAGCAUGUAGAUGGUCCGCACACUGUUGUUCUUGCAUUUGAGGUGGAAGACACAGGGCCAGGUGUGCCACCUGAGCUGAGGGAGAAGAUCUUUCAGGACUUCGUUCAGGGGGAUGCAUCAACCACGAGAAGGCAUGGCGGAACUGGACUUGGACUCUAUAUCGCACGUUCUUUGGCUCGAAGAAUGGGAGGCUCGAUUGCUGUGAAAGAGAAGUUGGGCACUGGUGCACUUUUCAGGUUCACUGUCCAGCUGGCCGGUGACCCAUGUGAUUCCUCCGGCUGUAGCAAUAUGCACGAAUUCACAACGAGACUCAUGGCUGCAAGAAGCACCAGUUCCCUCAAGAACACUCGAAUGAUUCUUGUCAUCCCUGACUCGCUUGUGCGGAGGUCUACACUCUCCUGGAUGACUCGAAACCAGGUUAAGGUGGACCUGAUCAACACAUGGGAAACUCUGUUGGAUCUGGCAUCAGGGCGCGAUGGACAAAAGAAAGGCAAGCGAAAAGUUGCAGACGCUGGUGCCACAUCUAGUGAAGGAGGCAGGGUGAUUCCAGCGAGCAUAAAUGACAUCAUGGCGCCCUCAACUACUUGCUGCACUCAGCUUGAUGCUAAUUCCUGCGGCUGUGCAAGCUGCGGAAUAUCUGAUUGUCAUCCCACCGAUCACACCACUAACCAGAACACUGAGCAGAAGCAGCAAGCCAAGCAGAUAUUCAUAAUUGUCGAUAUCAACCUCGUCCCGAACACCGAGGACUUCCAGGUAGAGGAUUUGAAGGAGUUCAUUAAGUUGUUGAGUGCACAGGCAGCACAAGGUAGACUAUUGGGCAAGGAUGAUGCUGCAAGUGUCAGUCGGCUGAGGAACUCGUAUUCUAUAUCCACGCUGCCGAUUGAGAAAAAAAUCAACCAAGAGAUGGGCCAAGGGGACACUACAACUAUAACAACUUCGGAAGAAGAAAAGGUUGGAGGCAAAGAGUGUAUCAUACGUGUCUUGGACGUCACCCCUCGUACGGAAAUUGCUGUUUUUGGCAUAAGCAGAAAUAGCUAUGCACUUAUUCCUCAUGGAGGAGAUGAUUUGGAAACUGGGAAAGGAUCCGCUGAGACCGGGGAGCGUUGUGAAAAUUCCGAUGGGCCAGUGGAGGGCAACAAAGAGAACGUCGACUUCUCCAGUGUUUGGAACCAGACAGGGGAGGAAGAUGUGGAAGAAGUUUGUCCCUCCGGGAACGAGGAGUCUGAUUCCGGAUCAGUGCAGUCCUCCAGCCAGUCAGUUUGUCUGGUCUGGCUCAUCCCCGUAACAGCAAGGUCGGAACUUCGGUGGAAGCUUCGAAAGCUCGGCAAGUGGGCGACAAGCAGAGAGCUAGAGUUUCCCGUAAGGUCUCGCAUCAUAAACAAGCCCUUCCAUCCCAGCCGCAUGCUGGAGAUUCUGGAGAUGGCGGCAAAUAUAGAAUCGCCUGUGGUAGAUGUUAUGUUGCAGGGAAACAACAUAAGCAAUGAUGACGUUGGUGACGUGGCAUCAAACAGCACCGAAGAUGGCGUUCUGAUGAUGCCUGCCAACCCAAACGUUGAUCCUGGGGGCACGCAAGAUCACAUCUAUCUGUCGUCCCUGCAGGAGGAUAAACAACAGAGAGAUCCUCCCCGUCCUGGUGAAAGUGGCCUUAGACCUAGUAGCAUGUCCUCCUCAAUGCCACCAAGGACUCUAACCUGGUCUGAAGAACUUAGUCCGCUUCGUUUCCCAUGUCCAAUCAGCCCCCUGGGAACAGCCAGUGGUUCGCGGGGAUGGGGCUGGAACACAGCGACAUACCAGUCAGGUGGCAGCUCUCCCUGUCAAAAGAGCGAGGUCAGAAUGAUCAGUGAUGAAAGUGGCAGCAAGAGGGAUCAUGGCUGGAAAAGGCUUAUCCCACUGUUAUCAGCACCCUCAGAGGCCACCAAAGACAGCAGAGAAGAAACUGCACGUUCUGCAAUUGGGACGUCAAUUCUUUCGACAGUGAGAUCGCUGUCACUGACAAGACCUGUUGAGGGCACUUCAGACACAGAUCCAAUAAAACAGAGGCCAGAUGGGGGCAGUGUAUGUGCACAGCCUGCAGGUAGUUUGUGUACUGCUGUGAAUAGUAAUGUGAGUCCAAAUGAAACAGCGCUGGUUGAUUGCCAGUCCCUCGUCCAAGGUCUGGAAAAUGACGUGUUCGAUUCGCCCAACCCUGAGGGUGCAGACGUGUAUCGUGACCAGAACCCACACAACACCCGGGACAAGAAAUCAAUCUUCACUGGGGGGUUGGAAAAACCAAGACAGGCUUUUGUAAUACCUGGUAGAAAGGAGGGAGGAGGAUGGAAGAGUGGCAAGUCUAAGGACACAGAUCCAAGAGCACUCACUGGGAGUGAAACUGGAAUGCAAACGAGAAAUGUGUUCGCUCAGCCUGAUCCAACACCAGGCAGAAUUCUCGUUCGCCAGUCUGUGGAGGCAGCUUGCGUCAACGGGGACAAAACCUGGCAUAUGGGCUCGUCAGACCUUAUCCUGGGAAAAGCAACUGCUCAACUCGGUGUGGAGCAGACUUCUGCCUUGCAGCGGACCGACUCAGACAACAAUCAAGUCACAGGGACCAGGUUGGGCAUGGAGAAAAUGGAAGGAGAAAGAGCGUCCAUUCUGAGGGUAGAGGUUCCUGCUGUGACUCUGACGGAGGGAACAAUAGGCCGCAUAGCAGAGGAACAGCAUCCUGGCAGCAUAAGCAACACUCCUUGUCCAGAACAGGAUACCUAUGGAAAGGCCACAGUUAGUCAUUCUGCAUCCGAUGAAUAUGACGAGGCAGGCGAUGGAAAGAUGGUGGCACGCCGUGACGGGUCUCCCGUACGUUCUGGAACAAAGUCGAAUCACGGAUCUCAACCAAGCCUUACGACACACGUGAGUCCUGGAUCGGGCUCAAGUUAUGAAUCGUGCUUCAGCCCUGAAACCCAAGCGAGCAGUGGAUUACAUUCAGCAUGUGGACUUCCGGGAGUAGAGCAGGUUGACUCCGACUGCGUGACAAGGUCACAGCGACAGCCUGAACCCAUGCCAUUACCAGAACAAGGACCAGACGGGAUCGGAACAUUCCUUGCCUCCGCACACACAGAGGACAGCAAGGCCUCAGCAAGCUGCAGCACGGUGAUACCUGAUAACGUGAGAGCACCUGUGGACUCACGUCCAUCUGAGGAUCCGACCAUGAAGCUAGCCGUGCAAAAACCUGCUGCAACAGGAAAGCCCCUAUCAGGAAUGGAGGUGCUUGUUGCAGAAGACACAGCUCUCCUAAGAAAACUUGAGCUGACCAUUUUACAGAGACUUGGGGCCAAGGCAGUAGGGGUGGAAGACGGGAAGAGAGCCGUGGAUGCAGUGCGGGAAAGAGCCACAAGUGCAACACUAAAGCAAUUUGACUGUAUUCUCAUGGACUGCCAGAUGCCUGUGAUGGAUGGGUAUUCAGCGACUCGCGCAAUACGUGAAAUGGAGCAAGAAAAUCCAGGAAAGCAUAGUCAUUUGCCAAUCAUUGCUCUCACUGCCCACACAAUGGCGCACGACAAAGCGAAAUGCCUCGAUGCAGGUAUGGAUGCCUACUUAAUGAAGCCGAUGAGGGUUGAUCAGGUGCUGGGCGUCGUCAAGGAGUUCUGUUUUGGUCGAGAUGCUUCUGCUUCUCAAUAGCCGUUUCGACUUUUUCUUUUAAAUUUCCACUCCGCAUUUUGUUGUUUCGGACUUUCUCUGGUUUGCCAUAUUCAUGUUUUCCUCCUGGGACCGCAAACUGUGGAGUCUCUGAAAUUUUCCAACAGUCAACGGAGCAAAGCUUGGCCCUUUCUCCCAGGAGCAAAGAAUGACUAUGGCUCCCUCUGGCAUUUUUGCCAUAGUCGACGGAGCAAUGCCAGCAUGGAGGCACUGGUCGUUCCGCAAAGACGUGGAAAAUUCAAGAAGCAUGGAGGCAGCAUCAACGCGAUUGCAAGACGCCGAAGACGGACGUACCAGGCUUUAAUACGGUUGUUCGCCGAUGAAAAUGGAAAACUCGUUGCCGUGUCGGAUGAGUAAUCUCUGACCUUAUUACUUCACUAUAUGCGGGAAAGUCCUAACCUAUUUAUUGAAUGAAUUUCAAGCAAAUAU